CCGCUUCCUGCCGCUCGGCGCCGCGGUUGGCCGCCUGGGGGAGCGCUGGCGAGGCGCGGACGGCGGGCGCCCGGCACCUCGGCUCGCGGCACUGGCUCUCGGGUGCGGCGUCGGUGGCGGCGCGGACCGCGGACCCGGCAGCACGACAUCCUAAAAUAAAUCCAUCAGAAUGACACCUUCUCAAGUUACCUUUGAAAUAAGAGGAGCUCUUUUACCAGGAGAGGUUUUUGCAAUAUGUGGAAGCUCUGAUGCUUUGGGAAACUGGAAUCCUCAAAAUGCUGUGGCUCUUCUUCCAGAGAAUGAGACAGGUGAAAGCAUGUUAUGGAAAGCAACCAUUGUACUUAGUAGAGGAGUAUCAGUUCAGUACCGCUACUUCAAAGGGUGCUUUUUAGAACCAAAGACUAUCGGUGGUCCAUGUCAAGUCAUAGUUCACAAGUGGGAGACUCAUCUACAACCACGAUCAAUAACCCCUUUAGAAAGUGAAAUUAUUAUUGACGAUGGACUAUUUGGAAUCCACAAUGGUGUUGAAACUCUGGAUUCUGGAUGGCUGACAUGUCAGACUGAAAUCAGAUUACGUUUGCAUUAUUCUGAGAAACCUCCUGUCUCAAUAACCAAGAAAAAAUUAAAAAAAUCUAGAUUUAGGGUAAAGCUGACACUAGAGGGUCUGGAGGAAGAUGACGAUGAUAGGGUAUCUCCCACUGUUCUUCACAAAAUGUCCAAUACUCUGGAGAUAUCCUUAAUAAGCGACAAUGAGUUCAAGUGCAGGCAUUCACAGCCGGAGUGUGGGUAUGGCUUACAGCCUGAUCGUUGGACAGAGUAUAGUAUACAGACAAUGGAACCAGAUAACCUGGAACUAAUAUUUGAUUUUUUUGAGGAAGAUCUCAGUGAACACAUAGUUCAGGGCGAUGCUCUUCCUGGACAUGUGGGUGCAGCAUGCCUCUUAUCAUCCACCAUUGCAGAGAGUGGGAAGAGUGCUGGAAUCCUUACUCUUCCCAUCAUGAGCAGAAAUUCCAGAAAAACAAUAGGCAAAGUGAGAGUUGACUAUAUAAUUAUUAAGCCGUUACCAGGAUACAAUUGUGACAUGAAAUCUUCAUUUUCCAAGUAUUGGAAGCCAAGAAUACCAUUGGAUGUUGGACAUCGAGGUGCAGGGAAUUCUACAACAACGGCUCAGCUUGCUAAAGUUCAAGAAAAUACUAUCGCUUCUUUAAGAAAUGCUGCUAGUCAUGGUGCAGCCUUUGUAGAAUUUGAUGUACAUCUUUCAAAAGAUUUUGUGCCUGUAGUGUAUCAUGAUCUGACCUGUUGUUUGACUAUGAAAAAGAAAUUUGAUGCUGAUCCAGUUGAAUUAUUUGAAAUUCCAGUAAAAGAAUUAACCUUUGACCAACUCCAGUUGUUAAAGCUCACUCAUGUGACUGCACUAAAAUCUAAAGAACUGAAAGAAUCUGUGGUUGAGGAGGAAAAUUCCUUUUCUGAAAAUCAGCCAUUUCCUUCUCUUAAGAUGGUUUUAGAGUCUUUGCCAGAAGAUGUAGGGUUUAACAUAGAAAUAAAAUGGAUCUGCCAACAAAGGGAUGGAAUAUGGGACGGUAACUUAUCAACAUAUUUUGACAUGAAUCUGUUUUUGGAUAUAAUUUUAAAAACUGUCUUAGAAAAUUCUGGGAAGAGGAGAAUAGUAUUUUCUUCAUUUGAUGCAGAUAUUUGCACAAUGGUUCGGCAAAAGCAGAACAAAUAUCCCAUAUUAUUUUUGACUCAGGGAAAAUCUGAUAUUUACCCUGAACUCAUGGACCUCAGAUCUCGGACAACCCCCAUUGCAAUGAGCUUUGCACAGUUUGAAAAUCUACUGGGGAUAAAUGCACAUACUGAAGACCUUCUCAGAAACCCGUCCUAUAUUCAUGAGGCAAAAGCUAAGGGACUGGUCAUAUUCUGCUGGGGUGAUGAUACCAAUGAUCCUGAAAACAGAAAGAAAUUAAAAGAAUUUGGAGUUAAUGGUCUAAUUUAUGAUAGGAUAUAUGAUUGGAUGCCUGAACAGCCAAAUAUAUUCCAAGUGGAGCAGUUGGAACGUCUGAAGCAAGAAUUGCCAGAGCUUAAGAGCUGUUUGUGUCCCACUGUUAGCCGCUUUGUCCCCUCGUCUUUUUGUGGGGAGCCUGACAUCCAUGUGGAUGCCAACGGCAUAGAUAAUGUGGAGAAUGCUUAGUGUUUAUUGGGUGGAGACCAUUCGGGGCAUGCAUCGCUGUUCUGGGUAUUCACUUUUCAUCACUGAGCAUUGUUUAUCUAUGCCUUUUAGGUUUUCAGUCCAGUGAAGCAAUAAUGAAGUAUUUUAAUAUUUCACUACAGUUCUUGCUAGAAUUUCAAGUAUUCUAUUUAAAUCACUUGGCCAGGUAUAAUUACCAGUCAGUCUCUUUACAAUGAAAAAAUUUAUUGGUUGGUAAAUAUUUUAAACUAAAUAUGUAAGUUAUAAUGUUAAACAAAUAUUCAUUAAAAACAUAACGCUUUGAAAUUAACUAUACAAAUAUCUCAUAUUUACACUUAUUACAGCUUUUCAUUUGAUCAGGUCUGAAAUAUUUAGCACUCAAGGAAUAUGACUAUGCAUAAUUAUACCUGACCAUGGGAAAAAUAAGUACCUCAAAUGCAUGCAUUUGCACUGGUGAUUCCAACUGCACAAACCUUUGUGCCAUCUGUGUAUUUUUCACAUGAAUUGACAUUCACACCAUUUUCAUUCAGUAUGAACCUUGAGGCUGCUGCCAUUUCCCCACUUAACCAAACCAAUGCCUGUGUAAAUAGCCUAGAGGUGAUCCUUGAAAACUUGUUUCAUAAAUCUUUCAAAAGUUGUUUUGCAUAAAUAUUAAAAUUUCAAAAAGCUGCAGGGUAACUUAAUGUAUGAAAUAUUAGAAGUAUGGAUUGAGGACUUAGUACAGUAGAUGAUAAUGUAUAAAUUCUGUUGAAUGCAUGCUUUUUGUUUUAAGCAUGAGAUAGUACACGUUUACUGUAAGUCCUUGCAUCUGUGGUGCUAGGUGAGUGUGAGAAGGUGUCAAGGACUGAAAAAUAAUUUGUUGCCUAAAAAAAAAAGAAAAAAAAAGCCUAUUUGUAGGCAUUUUAAAUAUGCUUAAGUGUCUCUCACUACCUAUUACACACCGUUGCUUUGUGGGUUUGUUUUGUGUGUGUGUUGUACAGUAGUUAAAUCUCUGUGCAGAGAAAUAAAUGUCCUGAAUCCUUA